UGUUUUGUAUCGGUCAUACACAUGUCUUUUAGACAAGUUCUUCUCCAAAUUUACGUUUUUUCCCUCCCUUGCCUCUCCUUGUACUACCUCAACUGUUAACUGCUCGCAGUAAGAAUAAACUGUGGUAUUUGAUUAAUUUAUACGUUGAUACUAUCAAUCAUUGUGCCUAUGUAUGGAUCAGCAUAUAUAAGCACACAGCAGUUUUAGCUCUAUCUACAAUGUCUUAAGGUGUUCACGGAAGGAGCUUUUUUUUUUUUUUUUAAUUUAUUAAAUCUGCCGUCAGUGUUAACUCUGCUAAGUUUCAUGGAUGUGUGCUUCCUUGCCUUGCACUUUAAUGCAGUCUGUUCUUAAAGUCGAUAGCGAUUGGGAUGAUGGAAGUGUAGGGUUAAUGAAUUAUUGCAGCCGACUACCAUACCUCACACUGCGUUGGUGUUGUGAGCGACCCCAUGAAAAGCCAAAUUAAAAAUCAAGGAUACUGUCAAACUGUACAGGUACUCACCCAAGGAGAUGCCGGGGCAGCCGAGCGAAGAAGACCUGAAGACCUCCAACCAUUGACCUGCAAAACUCCGCUGCUUAAAACAAGAUCCAACACGUCUGAAUGCACAACUCGAUCUGCAGAGAGCACUGGUGUGAGGCAGCCAGCCAGAAGUAAGAUCCGCCGCCACAAUAACAAACUGGCCACCAUGUUUAACAGGAGUCCUCUACUGCGCGACAGAGGUUCGGGAGACCUAUCAGAAGACCUAGGGCUGGCAGAUGACCCUGCUGAGUUGUCCAGCCAGCUUUCUGCCCCGGGAAUUUUAAAAAUAUUCGGCAGCGACAUCUGUCAAGGGACCAAUUACAAGAGUGUGCUGGCAACGAUUCGCUCCAGUGCCAGAGAACUGGUAAAAGAGGCCCUGGAGAGAUAUUGUUUGGAAAAGGAAGAUCCAGAUGCAUAUGUCCUCUGUGAUGUGAUUGGUCAGACCAGGGUAGCAAACCAGUGGCAAACUGAGUGCCUUCGUGUGAUUGGGGAUAAUGAGAGACCCCUCUUACUGCAGUCACUUUGGAAACCAAAAGAAGGGUUCUCUAGACGGUUUGAAAUUCAUAAAAGAGCCAGCGUUGAAGAUCGUAGUGCCAAAGACAGAGACACGGUCACAGCAGUCCUUAAUGCCCAGGUGCGGAAACUGCAGAAAGUGAAUUCACGGGUCACUUCACUAUACAUAGAUGGAAGCAAUGGUGAGGUGGGUGGCCUCGGCAUCUGGAGGAGCCUGAGUGACAUGGAUCUUUCUGCCAUGAGCAAAGAUGCUAGCAGAGCCCAGAAAGGAGGCACGCUGCAGGAAGAUCCGGAGGCCGAGGCUGACCUAGAGGCUCGCUGCCUCGUCACUGAAAAAGAGGAGACGGAGAGCAGCGAUGAUAACACAACACAGUACUCCGUCCACCCACCAUUCGAUUACCCCUACUUUCUACUGCUUCAGGGCUACAGCCCCAGACAGGACUUUGUAAUUUACCUGAUGAGCGGGAGCAGUUGCGUGUUUGGCCGCUGCAACGAACAUGGGGAGCCGCUAAAGGUGGAUGUGCUGCUCUAUGCCCCUGAUGUGCUACCUCAGCACUGCUGUGUGCAGCGCCUAGAUGCUCCCAGCAGCACAUCAGAGGGUAGCAGUAGAACUCAGACCAUACUGAUGCCACUCCAUGGAGCCCCCUUCACCCACAAUGGUGUGCCUUUAAACUGUGAGGCUGAACUCCUCCCCGGAGACCUGGUGGGCUUGGGCCAGCACUACCUCUUCAUGUUUAAGGACCCUACAGCCAAUGAUGCCCAGCAUAUUCCCUCCUGGAUGGCUGCUCUGUGCCCACCGGGUGCAGCUUCACCCUGUAAAACUAGUGCUUCCUGUUCAAGAAGGCCUAGAAUUCACAGAAGGGUUCCAGCCAACUGGAGGGACUCUGAGGGGACGGUGAUUCGUCUUACCUACGAACUACAGCAAGAGGACCAGGUGCUGGAAAAGAUCCUGACUGUUAUGGACCAUGGAGGACAAGAGCCCAGACUGCUUCCAGCCUUCCUGCUCUGUUUGUGCAUCCAGCACUCAGCCGCCUGCUUUGAAAUGGAACAUUUCCGCAAGCUGUUGUUGCAACUUGCAAACAAGAUCCAGCUCACUAUGUGGGACAGUGCAAAAGAGCUUGCGGCGCUACAGCCAGACACUGGCUCCGGGGACAGGCAGUCAGAGCCAGAGGAUGUGCGUUUGCUGACCAUGGCUGAGCUGAUCCCAGGCCUGCAGCCGCUUGUGUUAUGGAUGGCGAACUCUGUUGAGCUGUUGCAUUUCAUUCAGCGUGAAGUACCACUACUUCUGCCAUGGACACAACAGGAUGAGGAGCAGGACAAAGAAUUGUUCAAUUCUGAGAUUCUGUCUACACGUGUUGCCAGUGAAGAGGCCAUGACUGUUCUAGAGGAAGUCAUCAUGUUUACUUUUCAGCAGACUGUGUAUUAUCUUACCAGAAAUCUGUAUUCAGUACUGCCGGGUCUGCUGGAUAGUAACCCUUUCUCAGAGAGCGGGCAGAUUCACCUGCCAGACGGCGUCUGCAACAUCCUGGAUGUCCUAAGGGAGGCAGUACGACUGCUUACCACCUUCCAGGUGCACACAGAGAUCUGCUCACAGCUUCUGGCCUAUCUCUUUUUCUUCACCAAUGCCUCACUCUUCAACAUCCUUAUGGAGAGAGGUUCUGGAGGUGGAUUUUACCAGUGGUCAAGGGGAGUACAGAUCCGUGCCAACCUGGAUUUAGUUAUGGACUGGACCCAGAGUAUUGGUCUGGGCAACCUAGCAGCUGAGUUCUUCCAGAAACUCUCCUCAGCAGUCAACCUGCUAGCCACCCCAAAGGAGACUUUACUACAGACAUCCUGGCAGGUUCUCAGGACUGAGUUUCAAUACCUCAAUCCAGCACAGCUUCACCACAUGCUAAGCGAAUACAACGUCGGCAGGGCCUGUCCCUCCUGCUGGAACCCUUCCUCAGAAGAUGCAAAAGCUGCCCUCCAAACUUCUGAAAUCCUGGAGAGCUUUGACAACCACCCUCCACUCAUUCUGCCGACCAACAACUUUCACCUAGAGCUGGGGAAGCCCAUCACAGAGCCUGGUUUCUUAUUUCAUCUUCAAGAGCUGCAGGAUUUUAUCUUUACUCUCCCUGUCAGCCACAACCACAGUGAACUGAAUGCUAUACAGGACAACAGCAGUGACCUAGAUGCUCUACAGUCAGCAUACUUCCCAUCUGACUCAAAACCUGAAUGCCUCAUACCCCCCAGUCCUAUUAUUUCAUCUCAUUCUGAAGCAGAAGAGCAGCAGUGGUCGCCUGGAACACCCCCUCACAUCCAGGGCUCUCACGGUAACCUUGCUUCCUGUGCACUAUUAGCUCAGAAGCUAAAAAACCUGGAGCUCCAGAACAGCCUGCCUGGGAAAACUGACUUGCGACUCUAUAAGAGCCUGGCCUUGGAUCCAUCCUGUCUGCUUACACCCCCCAACACACCUCAAAGCUUAGAGCUCUCAGAACUGGAGGCCAGGUUGCAAGAGGAGGCAGUGCAGCACAACAAAGAAAAUGGUUUGCAAAGAAUUGCAGAUCAGAGACUAAGAGAUGAGAUGGAUGAGGAUGAUCGAGAUGAGGUGUUCACUGUUGAAGUGUCAAGAGGACCUCAUGGUCUCGGCCUGGCGCUGGUGGACGGACUGAAAACUCCACUAAGGAUGAGUGGCAUCUACGUAAAGUCACUAGUGCCGGGUUCACCUGCUGCUCAGUGCCAGAGACUCAGGGUUGGUGACCGCGUUUUGGCCGUGAAUGGACACAGUCUUGUGGGCAUGGAUUACCAAACUGGUAGAAACAUCAUCCAGACAUCAGGAGACACUCUCCAAUUCCUGGUGGCCAAAACUGAAUCCAGGAGCAGUGGCAGAAGCGCCAUCACAAGAUGCUAAAGCUCAUUUAAGUUUCAUUUAGCUGCCUCCGCCAGUUAUGUCAUCAUUCUGCUGGCUAAAAUACUCAGGCUUGAGCUCAAACCAAAGAAAAGAAUCAUCUUACCAGCUGCAGUAUAUAUUAAACAGUUGUUACUGGAAGUUAAUUUAUUUCUGACUAUUGACCGGCCAGUCUUAACAAGUGAAACACUCCAAUUUGCUGAAGACUUUAUGAAGUAGUUAGACUGAUAGCUAUCUCAUUUAUACUUUAGAACCAAUGUUUACUCCUAUUUUAUUGUAAUUUAAUGUUAAUCUCUUUGUCGUCUGCAUGAAAUGCAGUGUGAUUCUGGUUUGUUGGAAAAUGCCUGUGGUUCAGUGUUACUUCAGUCAUUGGCAAGAAAAGGACUGUCUUAAACCUAAGUCUAAUACUUAACUUACAUAUGCAGGAUGUGUAAACCAAGUAGUGCAGUUAAUACAACAAAAGCAUCUAUGUAACUCUGUUAAAUAUAUAUUACUCUGUUAAAUCAGGAUUAAGUAUUUAUAUUGUUAACAUUCAUACAUGUACCAGCCAAUCAUCAGCAAUCUUCUAUUUUUCAACUUAAAAAUAACUAGUAAGUUAUAAUCAGUACCAACCCUUGCUAGAGAAUCAGUGUUACGUCUGAAUUAUUCAUAUGGUAAAAAAUAUGUUUGUAUUUUAUAUUUAUAUUCUUUAUAUUUAAGGUGUUAUUUUGCAUAUGAA